UUGACGUUUUCAGAUCUCGAAUGAAUGAAGCUCUUUUGAUUUUUUGAAAUACAGUAUUGUUACGAAAUCUGUGUGAAAGAUCGCGAUUGCUUCAUGAACCCUACGUCGUCGUCUUCCUCGAGUUUUCAUCAUGUCAUUUCCUCAAGCUGGUCUUUUGGAAAAGAUAAAAGAAAAAGCUCUCCGGAUGAUAGAGGAAGAAAAUUACGUUGAAGCGAUUCCUCUUUGUUUAGCUGUGUCUGCAAUGGAACCUCGUGGGAUGGAUUCCAUGAAGGAUGUGUUGAUGAAUGCACUGGAACGUUGGACAGCGCAAGUUACUGCUCAGCAUCCAAAGAAUGUGAUGAAAAUUGUAACUAAGCCUUACGAACAAGCGAUCGAAGUAAUAGAGGCGAACGAGGAUUUGAAAACCAAUUACGCUGUAACGAUGCUUCGACAUGAUAUGUUCUCCGAAGCUUGGGCCCUGCUUUUGGAAGUCCUCCAGCUUCAUCCCCAGCAUGAACAAGCGUUGGAUACUUGGCGUUCAUUGUGUUGUCGGGUGAUUCCCAGGUGGCAUUUCUUCAUGGUGAACGAUUCACUGAGGAAUAAUGCGUACGAAUCUGCGUUGAAAGAGCUGAUCUCCGCUUAUGCUAACGAACCGGUUUCCUUGCUCGACAUCGGGUCUGGUUCUGGCAUUCUAAGCAUGAUGGCUGUGGAAGCUGGGGCCAAAAAAGUGUUCUCAUGUGAAAUGUCGGAAUUUCUUGUUUCCCUGUCAACUCUUGGCUUGCAGAGGUUUUUCAAAUCCGGGCUUCACCAAGAAGACUCCAUCACGCUACUGAAGAAUUACUCGACGGAACUAAGAGUCGGAGUUGACAUUCCAUCAAGGGUGAAUGUGUGCGUGACGGAAACUUUCGAUGCUGGGCUUUUUGGCGAAAGAGCUGUUUCAAGCGUGCUAGGAGCCUGGAAAGACUUGCUGCAGGAACGUGAUGAAGCCUAUUUGAUGGAUAGUGAUGGAAAUGAGAACGCUUUGUUCGGUUCUUGCUCUUGUUCCGGGGAUUCAGAAAGCAACAACCCGUCGUUGGGUGUAGUGCCAAAAAAGUUGAAUCCAUCCCGUGGAACCAUCAUACCAUGCAAAGCUUGCUUGUUUGCUGCUGUUGUGGAAUCUGAUGAUAUUGCAUCUAUGUUGAAAUGUGGGCGGCAGCUAAGAUCAAAAUUGAUAUCGGAAGCUGAUGCGUUUUGGGCGGAUGAUGAUGGAAUGUACGAUUCAGAAAGGAUUUCCUGGCUUCCGAAGGGGUUCAAAUUUCUAUCGAAGCCCGUACGAUUGGUUUCCGUCAACUUUAUGGAUCCUGAUCAUUUACUGAGAUGGUCGAAGCUGGAUGGAGAGUAUGACGUUGAAUUCGAUAUAAUCAGUGACGGACGACCGGACUGCAUUGUGACUUGGUUCACUCUCCACCUGACCCCAACAAUCAGAAUUUCUUCGCAUCCAUCGGCGAGAACUUGUUGGGAACAAGCCAUUCAUCCUAUCAUCGGCUGCACGGACGAUCCAUUGCUGAAAGCUUCUGUGUUUUCAGUGACAGCUUCUAAAACCCCCGAAAUCGAAGAUGUUGGGUUGAGCUUCACGUACGAUUCCGUCGCGCGAAAACCAGCAAAGAUGCUCAAGCUGUCCUCAGAUUACAUGCGUUUAAUGAACGAUGAGAGAUUUUUUCCACUGAAAGUUCAUUCUAAUGUAUUACAAAUUGGCGGGCAUCCUGAUAUUGUUGCUGCGAGAUUUCCGGGUUCGGUGGUCGAGGUUGUUGCACCAAUCAUAAAUUUCGGUCCAAUUUUCUCCAAAGUUAUUUCAGAAGACAAUAUAAAAAAGUUCUCGGCGAAUGUUGCGAUGGCAAAAAGCAAGUUCGAGUAUGUGCGUGCUUUCGAGUCCCAAGAAUUGUGUUUGCCAAACUGCUUUGUCGUUGUUCGCGUCGACGGGAAGAACUUCCACAAAUUCUCCGACGUACACAAAUACGCUAAACCCAACGAUGCCCGAGCUUUGCGGCUUAUGAACAAAGCCGCUCUCCGGGUUCUCGUGGAAUUCUCCCCGGAAAUAGUCCUGGCCUACGGGCAAAGUGAUGAAUACAGCUUCGUGUUCAAACGGUCGACGGAAAUCUAUUGUCGGCGGAGAGACAAGCUGGUGACGAAUGUCGUGUCGCAUUUUGCGUCGUCUUUCGGGUUUCACUGGAAAGAGGCUUUCGGGGAAGAUGAGUUGAAAUACCCGCCGACGUUUGACGGUCGAGCCGUGCUUUAUCCCACGUUGACGAAUUUGAGGGACUAUUUGAGCUGGAGACAGGCGGAUUGUCACAUAAAUAAUUUGUACAACACCGCUUUUUGGAGUCUGGUCUUGAAGAAGGGAUUAUCGCCGUCGGAGGCGGAAGAACGACUUCGGGGAACGGUGUCUUCGGAUAAAAACGAACUCUUGUUUUCGGAGUUCGGAAUCAACUACAACAAUGAACCCGAAUUGUUCAAGAAGGGAACCGUUAUUGUGAGGUCAAUGAACGUUAAUGUUCCUGUGCCCUUGACGGAUGAAUCUGCUGAGGAAUCCGCAUUUUUUCUGAGUAAAAUGCCGAAACUUGCCUCUAAUUUUCAAAUCAGAAAUUGCGACUUAAUCGGGAAUCCAUUUUGGCAAGCUGUUGAGUCAUUAGUGGAUGUAUGAAGUAAAUUAUGAACAUUCUUUUUGUGUAUUUCCGCAUUCUUGUCAUUUUUUCACCUCACGAGCCGAAUUUUUAGCUCACAGGAC